AUGGGUACCACAAUGUUCUUCAUUUGGAUGAUACUGUUAAUUUCCGAAACUCUGCAGACUACCACAGUUUCUGGAUAUACAACAGCUUCAGAAACAGCCUAUUACGACUGUGGUGGCCACCUCUCAGGUUUUUCUGGGGAAUUCUCUAGUCCAAACUAUCCUAGUUACUAUCCAAGCAAUGCACGAUGCAUCUGGGAAAUACAAGUGGAAUAUAAUAGUUACGUAUACGUCCAGUUUGACCAUAUUGCACUGGAACCGAAUAGUAACUGCAAUCACGAUUUUAUUGAAAUCUAUGAGCGACAGCCAAAUGCAUCUACUUUGCUGGGAAGAAUAUGUACUGGUAGCUAUGAAAUAUUUACAUCCAAUUCAAACAGAAUGACCGUUGUGUUUUCGAGCGAUGGCAGUUACCAAAAUACAGGAUUUCAUGCUUCUUAUUAUACUGUCUUCAUAGCUACUACUACUACUACUACUACAUGGCUGCCUUCAACAGACUAUUACCACUGUGGUGGCUACCUCUCAGGUUCUUCUGGGACAUUCUCUAGUCCAAACUAUCCUAGUUACUAUCCAAGCAAUGCACGAUGCAUCUGGGAAAUACAAGUGCAAUACAAUGGUUAUGUACAUGUCCAGUUUGACCAUGUUGCACUGGAGCCGGACACUAACUGCACUCACGAUUUUAUUGAAAUCUAUGCGCAAGAGUCAUACACAUCUACUUUGCUGGGAAGAAUAUGUACUGGCGGCUAUCAAGCAUUUACAUCCUAUUCAAACAGAAUGAUGGUUGUGUUUUUGAGCGAUGGCAGUUACCAAAAUACAGGAUUUCAUGCUUCUUAUUAUACUUUCUUCCGAGGUGUUUUUGAUCUCAGACUGGUGAAUGGCCAGAACAGAUGUGAGGGCCGUGUCGAAAUUUAUGCCAGUGGAACCUGGGGGACAGUGUGUGAUGAUUUAUGGGACAUAAACGAUGCUCAAGUUGUAUGCAGGCAGCUUGGAUGUGGAUGGGCCAUUUCUGCACCAGGAAGUGCCCGAUUUGGUCAAGGCAGAGGAAAUAUUUUCCUGGAUGAUGUGCAGUGCAGAGGAAAUGAACACUUUGUCUGGCAAUGUCAACACAGAGGGUGGGGCAUACAUAACUGUGGCCACAGUGAAGAUGCCGGUGUCAUUUGUUCAGUUUCUACUACUACUCCAACAUGGCUGUCUUCAACAGCAAAAUAUACUUGUGGUGGUGUCCUUCAGUCUUCAUCGGGGACAUUUCAAAGUCCGUUCUAUCCUGGGAAUUAUCCAAACAAUGCAGAUUGUGUGUGGGAAAUAGAAGCAGUGAGCAAUUACCGUGUAACACUUUCAUUUAGCGAUAUAGUGACAGAAGGUGGUACAUGCCAGUAUGAUUAUAUUGAGAUAUAUGAUGGGCCACUCUAUACCUCUCCUUUACUGGGGAAAAUUUGUUAUGGUUCCUAUCUCACAUAUACAUCGUCCUCAAACUUGAUGACAGUUCGAUUUCACAGUGACUCGAGUAUAACAAAGAGAGGGUUCCGUGCUGCCUAUUACACUAUUCCAGCAGAUCAGAAUACUACUCUUCUGUGCUUGCCAGAAUACAUGCAUGCAGUUGUUAACAGAGCCUAUCUCCACUCACAUGGCUACAAUGCAUGGGAUGUCAGCUUGAAUGACCCUUAUUGUAGACCAAACAUUACAUCAAACUAUGUUAUAUUCAACAUCCCAUACAAUGGCUGUGGCACAAGACGAGAGGGAAACAACAACACUAUCAUCUAUUCCAACUUGAUCAAAGCAAUCUCUUCUGGUUACAUAAUCAAAAGGCAAAAAGAUCUUCACUUGCAUAUCAAUUGCAAAAUGCUCCAAAAUAGAUGGAUAGAAAUAAUGUAUGUUGCAGAGGAUGUUACUGAAGUCAAUGAAACUCAGUACGGCAGAUACAACGUGACCAUUUCAUUUUAUAAAACAUCAUCCUUCUCAUGGCCAGUGUAUGACUCUCCAUACUACGUUGACUUGAACCAGAAUUUAUUCCUUCAAGCUUCAAUUCACAGCUCUGACCCAAAUCUGGUCUUGUUUUUGGACACGUGUGUUGCAUCACCCGAUCCCAAUGAUUUUACAACAGUAACCUAUGACAUUAUCAGGAGCGGGUGUGUUAGAGAUCCUACCUACCUUAAGUACUAUUCACCCUACAGCUCCACCAUACGCUUCAAAUUUAAUGCCUUCAAGUUUAUUAACAACCAUACAUCAGUUUACCUGCAGUUUAAAAUGGUGGUGUGCAGGGUAUAUGAUUAUUCUUCCCGAUGCUACCAGGGCUGCAUACCCAGGUCCAAGAGAGAUACAAGCUCUUACCAAGAAGAAGUGGAUGUUAUUCUUGGGCCUAUUGAGCUUCAGAAAGAUGGCACUAAGAACAGGAAUGCUGAGCUGGACUAUUCUGAACAUCAGGAAGAUGUGGAUUCCCGUGGUUCACUUACCACUACUGCUGGUCAUUCCCAGGCUCCAUUUAUUGUUACGGGUGUGGUGCUUGCAGCUGUUAUUUUCACUCUUGUUGGGUUUCUUUUGAAAAAUAAACUGAGGAGACCGAUUCCAUACGAGAUAAUGUGAGACACUACAGAUACGAGCAUCAGGGCAUUUAUGUAAUGAUUCAGUUUCUAGCAUUUGCACUAAAUAACUUUUAUACAACAAAUCAUGCUUUAAAGAGAAAGCAUGAAAACCUUAUUGUAAUGAGACUACACUCUGAGUUCAGGUAAAUUCAGGCUAGAGAUGGGCCUGAGGUUAAAACCCACCUCCAAAAUAACAGGAGAAGGUAGGAGAAGUUUGAAUCUAGAUCCCAACUCUCUAACUUGCUGCCUUUUCCAUGGACUUGAACACCAGCCCCAUAUCCGGCCCACCAGCUCCCUCCCCUCAAUCUAGAACCAGACUUUGCAGCUCAGGACUAUCUCUAGUCUAGAUAGGCCAAAAACUGGGUUCAAUUCCUGUUUCACCACAAACAUCUUGUGUGAUCAUGGGUGAGUCACACAGUCUCUCUGGGCUCAAUUACCCAUCUGUAAAAUGGAGAUAACAACAUAGGGUUGUUGUAAGGAGAAAUAUAUAAGAUUGUGAGAUGGACAGAUAUUACAGGGAAUUGAGUCAUACAAGUACUUAAGAUAGACAGAGAGUACUUUGUUUUGACAACUUUAUACAUAAUAAAGGGCAGUCUGACAUUAUUUUUAUGUUUUUCUUUUGCGCCUACCUAGCACAUUCCAGUCACUUCUGAUCAUCAAGAUAUUUAGAUUGUAAUGCAUGUUUUCUUCCUCAUAAUCUUCCUUUCAAGACCAGUGUUUCUAACAUCUCAAAUAGUCUGACAUGGAAAUUAGGUGAGGAGUCAAAUGUAAUAGAUCGUGCAAAUUUGUAGGUUGGGAUGAUUUUCAGUCUAAAUGAAUCUCUUAUGUAAACACAGCAAUUUAAAAUUAGAAAAGUGUUUACAAAGCAAU